AUGAAUACUUGCACCGUCAUUCUUGUGUUGUUCGUGGCUAUUCUCGGUUGUAGCAACGCUGUGAAAUAUUGUUAUUACUGCACCAACUGUCCGAAUCCGUUUACUCCAAACUCGCCAUAUGUUUCCGUCGUUCAAUCCAAAACUGGACUUUGUGCAAAACAAAGCUAUUCAUCUGAUCCGUUAGCUCCAAAUAGCCGCGGCGCAUCUGGCUCGCCUCAAUGCGUUGUCACUGGAUGUCGAUGGAUACUCGACGCUAAUGGCCGUCAAGUGUACACAUGUUGUUGCACUGGUAAUUACUGUAACGGCAAUAUGUAG